AAGCGAGCUGUCACCUCUUCUUCUUCUUCUUCUUCUUCUUCACUUUACCAAAUCGCAUCGAUUCUUAGGGCUUCUCAAAAUUCUCGAAUCUGUCUUUGAAUCGUAUCUCCGAUCCUGAUUUUGGAUACUACUACUAACGAGCUCGAAUAUGGAAGUCUUAUCGCUGGACGCACUACCGGUGGGAUUCAGAUUCAGUCCCACGGACGAGGAGCUAGUCCGUUACUAUCUCCGUCAAAAGAUCAACGGCCGUGACGACGACGUCAGAGUCAUCCGUGCUGUCGAUAUCUGCAAGUAUGAGCCCUGGGAUCUACCUGAUCUUUCUGUGGUGAGGACAACGGACUCGGAGUGGCUCUUCUUCUGUCCGUUGGAUAGGAAGUAUCCGAGUGGGAGUAGGAUGAAUCGAGCCACCGUUGCUGGAUACUGGAAAGCCACUGGGAAAGACCGGAAGGUUAAGUCAGGGAGCACUAAGAUCAUAGGUGUUAAGAGGACUCUCGUCUUCUACACUGGUCGUGCUCCUAAGGGGACGCGAACCUGCUGGAUUAUGCAUGAGUAUCGCGCCACCGAGAAGGAUCUUGAUGGAACCAAGCCUGGCCAGAACCCGUUUGUCAUAUGCAAGUUGUUUAAGAAGCAAGAUGUUGUGAGUGAAGCAUCACCAGAAUGUGGAGUUGAACCAGCUGUCUCGUCUCCAACUGUUGUGGACGAGAUGAGGUCUGAGGUUGAAUUGUCUGAAGUGUCUCUGGCUUUCCCUACAAAAGAAGAACCAAAGCAUUCUACGGAUGUCUCCGGCGAGUGUCAGAGUGAUAUCUCUGCCCCUGAGGUUACAACCAACGAGCAGCUUGACCAUAUCGAUUGGAGCUCAUAUUUGGAGUUUGAGUCCCUAGAUCACACUAUGUUCUCUCCCUUGCACUCUCAGGUGCAAUCUGAGCUCGGUUCCGCGUUCAAUGGUUUUCAGUAUGGGUCAACCGAACCGUUCAGGAACCAGAAUGAUCCCCACAUUCAGACGCAAUACGGUUCGAACGACCCCGACCAAUAUAUGUUCGACCUCUUGGAUUCGACUUUCCAGAUUCCUUAUGAGUUACCGGAGAUGAAACAUCUAGCGCAACCGACGCAAGAACAGAUUCUGUAUGAGCCGCAGAGUCUUGUCAACAAGAUCAAUAACGAUGUAUCUGAAACAGGAAUCAAGAUUAGGACACGAAGGGCACAGGCCCAGGGUUGUGCUGAACAGUUUGUAAUGCAGGGUAAUGCCUCAAGAAGGUUGCGUCUUCAGGUUAACCAUAACAGUCCCAAGCCAGAAACUGACAGUAUCAAGAAAGAGGUCAAGGAGACAACGAAGGGAUGUGGAAGUUUCAUGAGAUCAAAGAGCAGUAGUGAGUUCAUACUCAAGAAGGUUGCAGCUAUGGGAUGUUCAUACAGAGGGAUUCUCAAAGCUGGCGUUGUAGCGGUUGUGUUUGCCAUGUCGGUUUGCAGUCUGACCGGUCAAUUCCGUUGAAAGCUUAUACUUGUUGGUCAAUAACAAUCAAAGAAGGAAGGGGUUGAGAGCGCUUGUUUGUGUGUGAGGAUUGGCCCUGGUUUACACAUAACCAUGGCCGGUUUAGUAGGGUAGUAGUUAACUUGUACUGCUUAUAGUUCUGUUUGUAUGUUUUAGAAGUAAGGGAGAGAAUCUUAAAGCUCGUAGAGUCUUAUCCCCCCUGACCAUAUACGUCGCGAGAUGUCUCCAUCAAUACCAAAUAGUCAUGUUGUAAGAAUUUGUAGUUUGUGAUCUCUCUUUGAACGCAUGUUGAAUCUUUUUUUUAACAAUUUAUAGUGCAUGUUGAAUCAUAUA